AUGCCAGUCAACACAAUAUCUGUCGCAGCCGCCGUCACGCCUACCGUCAUCCACACCUAUCUCUCGCAUUACCUAAACCGUCGCCCCCUUGCUCAGAAGCCCACGGCCCACAUAUCCUACCACGAGGGUCUCGAGCUCAUCCGCCGCUUCCUCCACUAUUCCUCGCUCCACACCGUCGAUGAGCUGCAGGCAUUCACCUCGCAAUGGGUUCCCGUGCCGCGCUGGGUGCAUGCCCAGGAAGUCGACAUUUCUGCCAAACUGCUGCAGCGCUCGGCGGAGCACAUCACCGCCCAAUUAGGCCCCCAGGGCAUCAAGGCUGUCGGCGGAACCUCGUGGUGGCAGUGGCGGCGCGACGAUGGCACGCUCAAGGCAGAAUGGAUCGAGAUGCGCAAGGACUUUGACGCACGAAAGCAGCUGGCCAUUGCCAAGGGCGACCGCAUCAUGCUCUAUGUGCAUGGCGGCGCCUACUACUUUGGCAGUGUCGACGAGCACCGCUAUCAGAUGCAGAGACAUGCCCGUAAGCUCAAGGCCAGGGUCCUGGCCCCCAGAUAUAGACUAGCCCCGCAGUUUCCAUUUCCGUGCGGUUUGCAUGAUUGCCUGGCCGCAUAUCUUUACCUCCUCGAACAGAAGCAUGACCCGACCACCAUCAUUCUCGCCGGCGAUUCGGCAGGAGGUGGCAUGGUCUUGAGCAUGCUAGUAACGCUGCGGGACCAGGGCAUACCGCUGCCCGCGGGAGCCAUCCUGAUCAGCCCGUGGGUGGAUCUUACGCAUAGCUUUCCAAGCUUGGCCGGCGAUGGGGAAAUGGACUACAUUCCAUCACAUGGCUUCGUGCACAAACCCAGCAUGAGCUGGCCGCCCCCAAAUGCAGACGAUAUGCUCGAAAUCGAAUCCUCAGCCAAGGCUGCCUCAAAGAAGAAUGACGAACCAAGCAAAGAGGAAAGCCAAGAGAAAAAGGCAGCGGCAGAAGCAGAGCGAGUGCGCGGGUUUUCUGUUGACCCCAAGGAUGGCCCUAUUGAAAAUGGCGGCUCAGCCUCUUCCGGUACAGGGCAAGACGCAGACGUCUGGAUCGCGCCAAAUGGUAAAUACAGUAUUGGGCCAAAAAGCCAGCUCUCAGUGCAAUUGGAAAACGUGCGUGUCGAGAUCAAGGACCAGAUCCAGAUGUACGCCCCCAAUCACAUUCUGACGCAUCCUCUGGUAUCUCCAGUAUUGCAGCCAACCCUUGGGGGUCUACCCCCUCUGCUAAUCCAAACGGGCGGUGGUGAGCUGCUUAGAGACGAGCAAAUUUACAUUGCUCACAAAGCUGCCCAGCCACUUGCCUACAUACCACCGCCGUCUAAUAACCAGACGGCCCAAGAGAUUGAAGAUCAGGUUGCCAACUACAGGCCUACUUACGUACAGCUCCAGGUCUGGGAUGACCUGUGCCAUGUGUGUCCUACACUCAGCUUCACGCGCCCAGCAAAGCACAUGUACCGCAGCAUUGCCCAAUUCGGCGCCUGGGCACUGGCGCGCGCUCAAAAGAAAGCCAUUGACAUACUCGAUGACGAUGACAUCUCCUACCUCAGUAGUGACUCGAGCCUUUCAACUGACUCUGGAAGAGCGAACCCCGCAUCCUCCAGCGAUCCCAACCCAUCGACAUCAGCUACCUUGCCUCUGGAUGCCUCAACAUCUGAGAAAGAGCCCAAGCCAAACACCCGCGUUGGAAAAGCUGGGGACCCGAUUCCGCGUUUCGAGGACCAUAUGAUUCGUCAACGUAUUGAUCGGCAUGGGCGGAUCUAUCCACUCGCUGCUAAAGAGGACCUCCCUGCUCUCAACAUUCCUAGCGAGGACGUCGGAGUGCCAAAAUCGGGUCCUGUAAACAAGUGGAUGGCGGCGCAGGCAGAAUGGAACAAGAAAUUUGCAAAGCAGAAGAUCAAAAUCCAAAAACAGAGAAUCAAGGACAUGCAGAGAGGGUUUGAGGGCUUUGAUGGCGAAACACCGCCUCCCACAGCCCUGGCCGGAAGGCGAGCAAAGGGCAUGAAGGGUGAAAAGGCAAAGAAGAAGAGUUGGGGUAUGGCAAUGUGGUCAGGCUGGGGUAGUUCCCACGACCAGGCUACCAUUGUGCGAGAAGGGAAAGCAGAUCAGGCCCCCACGGGCGUGCAGAAUCCCGACCACGCAGAAACAGACGACACAGCAGAAAGCAAGCCGAACCGAAGUCGUGCCACAAGUCUUCCCCGGACUCGCGCCACGAGCCUUCCCAAGCCCCACACGAAACGCGCAAGAUCGUAUUCUCGUCACUCAGCUGUCACUGACCAGGGUCAGAUCGAGGCGGACGGGGAUGGCUUGUCUCAGAUUGGGCUCCCAAAACCUGGUCUUGCUGACGCAACGACGCUGGCGCCCGAGCGUUCUGCUUCACAGUUACCAUCGCCGGUGGGCGAGCACCAUACUUCUGGAUCACCGCCGAAUGUGAUUGCUUCGGAUAAUCCCGCCCUGCCCAGUACAAUCAUUCCCAGUACUGAUACCUCGACAACGCGACCUACAGCAGGUGGAAUAGCGUAUCCGUUCCGUCUCAAGAUCGAUGGGGCGGACGGAAGAGAUGUCAAUGCCAGCACAGUGACGCUGGCUAGUGUAACCAUCACCACCCCACCUGCUGUUGACGGAGACGGACAAGAGAUGCAAUUUGGUAACACUGAAUCUACUUCUGAUGGACUCAACGCCCAAGUGCUUCAAGGGGAGGCAUCAGCCCAUCACCGAAAUUCCCUCAUGGUGCCAGGGGCAGGGCUAUUCAGCAAUGGAGAAAGCGAGAAUGAUACAAGCGACGAGAACAAAGCAGAGAGACCGUCUGUUGAGAGAUUUGAGACUGCAAAAGAAGAUUUGAGUACUCUUGCUGCAAACGGCACCAAGCCGUAA